AUGGAUAAUGAUAAAGACGGUGUUGAUGCGACGCCCCCUAUGGGCGCCUACUAUUCUAUCGGCGGCGGCGGCAUGCUUCCUCCCGGCUGCAGCAUAUUUCCUCCCACCGCUCAUUACUUCCCCGGCGGCUUGGGGAAUCCUCAGGUUCCUCUCACCGCUUUCUACUCCUCCGGCGGCAUGGGGAAUCCUCAGGCUUUUCCCACCCCUUACUACUCCCCCGGCGGCAUGGGAAAUCCUCAGGCUCCUCCCACCGCUUACUACUCCCCCGGCGGCAUGGGAAAUCCUCAGGCUCCUCCCACCGCUUACUACUCCCCUGGCGGCAUGGGAAAUCUUCAGGCUCCUCCCACCGCUUACCGCUACUCCUCCGGCGGCAUGGGGAAUCCUCAGGCUCCUCCCACCGCUUACUACCCUUCCGGCGGCAUGGGAAAUCCUCAGGCUCCUCCCACCGCUUACUACUCCUCCGGCAGCAUGAGGAAUCGUCCGACUGUUCCUGGCGCGGCUGGUAUGCCUCCGAUUCCGGCCUCCACCGCUGAUGAGGCGGCGGGUCCGAGCAAUACGUCUACGGUUAUCAAAGUUGAACCACCUCCGAUGAUUCCUGCCUCCACCAUUGAUGAGGUGGGUCCGAGGAACACGAUUAUCCAAAUCGAACAUAUGGGUCAAAUUUUUUUGAAGGUCAAUCUGGCUUUUCCAGUUUUGAAGGAAUUGAAAGCUGCAGUCUUGAGAAGAAGGCCGUACUUAAAAGAUAUGUUCCUUAAGUUCCUGUAUAAGGACGAGAAUGGGAACAUGGUUUUAAUAGCAUGUGAUGAAGACUUACAAUUGUGCUUUGAAGAGACACUCAAUCAAGUAGUUAGAUUGUUACUAGUGGCAAUUUAUUAG